UGUCAAACGACGGCGACGUCGGUCAAAAAAAAAAAAGCGAGCGUCAGGCUUUAGUCAAGGAGAAGUACAGCAAUAUUCCGGAUGGAAUAUUAAUUCAUUUUUGUCGUAAAUUUCGGAUCGCAGUACCGGAAAUACUUCGACAAAACCAUGGCGCCAACAGUUCAGAAUGGAACGAACUCAACAGAUAAGCGGGUGGUGGCCCGUCCGCAGGAUAAACGAUCCGAAUUGAUCAGCAGGGUCAAGUUUUGUAACACCCUGCCGGAUAUCCCGUUCGAUUUGAAGUUUAUCACUUAUCCUUUCGAAAAUGAUCGCUUUAUCCAGUAUAAGCCAACCUCGUUGGAGCGGAACUAUCGCUAUGAAGUGCUGACGGAACACGAUCUGGGGGUGACGAUCGAUCUGAUAAAUCGGGAUUUGUACCAGAUCGAUCAUAUGGCUAUGUUGGAUCCGGCAGAUGAGAAACUGCUGGAAGAAGAUAUCCAUGCCCCUCAGGAUUCGCUUCGUUCCAGUCGGCACGCUCGGUCCAUUUCGUGGUUGCGAAAGUCGGAAUAUAUUUCCACGGAACAGACUCGGUUCCAGCCACAAACGAUGGAGAAGGUUGAAGCCAAGGUUGGUUUUAACGUGAAGCAGAGUUUGCGAGAAGAGACGCUGUAUAUGGAUCGGGAAGCCCAAAUCAAGGCCAUCGAGAAGACCUUCGACGACAACAAGAAGGAAAUUUUGACUCACUACAGCAAACCAGGCGUAACACCAGUAGAGGUUCUGCCGGUGUUUCCAGAUUUUUCGAACUGGAAAUAUCCUUGUGCUCAGGUCAUUUUCGAUUUCGAUCCAGCUCCAGUUGGCAAGAAUGUGGCCGCCCAGAUCGAAGAAAUGUCCCAAGCUAUGAUUCGGGGUGUGAUGGACGAAAGUGGGGAACAGUUCGUGGCAUACUUCUUGCCUUCGGAAGAAACCCUGGAGAAACGUCGUCGCGAUUUUGCCAACGAAAAAUUGUACGAGGACGAAGAAGAGUACGAGUAUAAGAUGGCUCGUGAGUACAAUUGGAACGUUAAGAGCAAGGCGUCAAAGGGUUACGAAGAGAACUACUACUUGGUGCUGCGACAGGAUGGAAUCUACUAUAAUGAACUGGAAACUCGCGUCCGUUUGAGCAAACGUCGCCAGAAGGCCGGACAGCAGCCCAACAAUACCAAGCUGGUGGUCAGACAUCGACCUCUGAAUGUGUCCGAGCAUCGUAUGCAGCGAUAUCGGGAACGCCAACUGGAACCGCCAGGCGAGGAUGAUGAGGAAGAUGUCGAAGAAGAGGAGGAGGAAGAGGAAGACGAGGAUGAAAUUGAGGAGGAGGUUCAAGACACGGAAGAAGCCGAAGGCGAUCAGCGUAACGAAGAUCAAGAUGACGAUGCCCGGAGUCGGUCCAGAUCUAGGUCCCGUAGUGGAUCCGAACGUUCUCGGUCUGGAUCACGCUCUCGAUCCCGGUCACGUUCCGGAUCCCGAUCGGCACACUCUGGCUCGCGUUCGAGAUCCGGGUCUCGAUCCCGUUCGGGCUCAAGAUCCCCAUCCGGUAGCCGGCACAGCCGCAGCAGAAGCCGUUCCAAGUCGGGAAGUCGCAGUCGCAGCGGUUCUGGAAGUCGCCAGAGCCGUAGCAGAAGCCGCUCGAAAUCGGGCAGCCGCAGUGGAAGUGGUUCCCGGUCGGGUUCUGCUGCUUCGGGUGCCCGUUCUCGGUCCGGUUCCCGCAGUCGUUCGGGUAGUCCGGCUUCCGGUCGAGGAUCUCGCAGUCGAUCGGGUAGCCGUUCCGGCAGCGGACGUGGUUCCGGUAGCGGAUCGGAAUAGAUGAAGCAUUGAUUCGUAGUUGGUAUUUGAACUUCUUUCUCAUUGUAAUGACUUAUACAAUACAUAUAUGGUGAAUAAAUGACGAUUUAUAAUCUA